CCCGUAUCCUCCCAGAUCUCAAGCGGCUGCCUUCAGCUUGCUUCUUUCCCACAUCAGUGCUGAAAUGGAUCCAGCCAGUCUGGAGACGGUGCAGACACCUGCAAUGCCUGUAACGCCGGUGACCCACAGAGGAUGUGCAAUCGCUACUCAACAGGAUCAAGCGGGAUGCUGAGACGCUUGACGAGCCAAGCAAACGGGACCUACUCAGAUAUGCGCAGAUGAUGGCGAGUGCUACGAGAGUAGCCUUCGCUGAGCGAUCUCUUUUGCAAGACCACAACCGAUUCUUGUCGAAGAUCAAUGGCGAAGUCAAAGCACGGCGGUCAACCAAGUCGUUGGUACUAGGCGUGGCGAAGGUGAUGAGCUACAACGAGCUCGAGGAGGAAGAAGCUGCUGCAAGCAAAGAAAAGCACGGGCAAGAUGAGCAGCUUAGUGUCACUGCCGACUUGGUCGACGAAGGCGCGAUACCCCCUUACGCGAUCCUGUCUCAUACUUGGGGAGCGGACGAGGAAGAAGUGACCUUCGAAGAUCUCACGAGGAACGCAGGCAAGGAAAAGCCUGGCUACAGGAAGAUUCAGCUGUGUGGAGAGCAGGCAAAGCGCGACGACUUGCAGUACUUCUGGGUAGACACCUGCUGCAUCAACAAGGCGCACAAGGCUGAGCACUCGCUGGCCAUCCGGUCCAUGUUCCGCUGGUACCGCAACGCAGCACGCUGCUACGUCUACCUGUCGGACGUACGGCUGUGGGACUCGGAUGUCCGAGAAAGCAGGUGGUUUACGCGCGGCUGGACAUUGCAAGAACUCCUCGCACCAGGCUUGGUCGAGUUCUUCUCGCGCGAAUGGCAGAAGCUUGGUGACAGGUUAUCGUUGAAGUGCCAGAUUCACGACAUCACGACCAUUCCACAUGAAGUACUCGAAGGGGCUCCCCUCUCUCAGUCUAGCGUCGACGAGCGGUUUCGCUGGAGACAGAAUCGGCAUACGAAGCUUAGGGAGGACGCAGCGUACUCUUUGUCCGGCAUCUUUGAUGUCGACAUGGCGCCCGUCUACGGUGAAGGCACAGAGGAAGCAUUUAGACGGCUUCGUGACGAGAUUCGGAAGCAAGAGGAAUGCCUUCGUGACUUACGCCCUACAGAUCCCCGCGACGAUAAGAAGCGCAUCGAGGACACAAAAGGCGGCUUGUUGGAGGGCUCGUACCGCUGGGUGCUCGACAACAGCAGUUUCCAUCAAUGGCACAACGACCCACAGAGCCAGCUGCUUUGGAUCAAGGGCGACCCAGGCAAGGGCAAGACGAUGCUGCUCUGCGGCAUCAUCAACAAGCUGCAAAGGACGCUCACUAGUACUGCAUCUGUGUCCUACUUCUUCUGCCAGGCCACUGACUCGCGCAUCAACAGCGCCACGGCUGUGCUGCGCGGGCUGUUGUACUUGCUUGUUAGUCAGCAGCCGGCGCUCACCACGCACGUUCGUAAGAGGUACGACCAGGCAGGCAAAAGUAUGUUCGAGGAUGCAAACGCAUGGGUUGUCGCGACAGAGAUCUUUGCAGGCGUGCUGCAGGAUCCAAAUCUGGGCGCUACGUACAUAAUCAUUGACGCUCUGGACGAGUGCGUCACUGACCUGCCGAAGCUGCUUCACUUUGUCGCAAAGCAGUCGUCUGCGUCUUCCCGCGUCAAAUGGAUAGCAGGACACAAAGUCAGGUUGAGUCUUGAGCUAAACGCAGAGUCUGUAUCAGCGGCUGUCAGCGUCUUCAUCCAAUACAAAGUAUCUCAUCUAGCACAACAGAAGAAGUACGACACGCAGACCCAAAAAGCGGUGUUCGAACACUUGACAUCGAAUGCAGACGACACCUUCUUGUGGGUAGCAUUGGUGUGUCAGGACCUUGAGAAGACAGCGAAACGGAACGUUCUGAAGAAGCUGACAUCCUUCCCGCCAGGUCUGGACUCGCUGUAUGAGCAGACGAUGCAGCAGAUUGGUGCGUCAGAUGAUGCCGAGCUUUGCAAGCAGGUGCUGGCUUCCAUCUCGCUUGUGUAUCGGCCAAUAACGCUGGCGGAGCUGGUGACCCUGACUGAGCUGCUCGAAGAUGUUGCUGACGAAGCGGAGGUACGGGAGAUUAUCGGCCUCUGUGGAUCGUUUCUCUCUCUGCGACAGCACACGGUCUACUUUGUGCACCAGUCCGCACGAGAAUUUCUCUUUGCGAAAGCGUCUGACGAGAUCUUUCCACAUGGGACUGGGGCUGCUCAUGGUGUCAUCUUCUCGAGGUCGCUUGCGACUCUGUCGAGGACGUUGUACAGGGACAUGUACAGUCUGGAAGCGCCAGGAUUUUCUAUUGAUGAUGUGGAACCACCUACCCCGGACCCACUAGCAGCGUCGCGCUACCCAUGUAUCUACUGGAUCGACCAUCUAUGCGACUCGAAACCUAGGUCUUGGGAAAACGAUGUUAAAGAUCUGCAAGUUACCGGCAUCGUCGGUGAGUUUAUAAGGAAGAAGUACCUCUACUGGCUAGAAGGCCUCAGUCUGUGUGGGAGCACGGCAAAAGGUAUAGUUUCAAUGGCAAGACUAUGCGCUCUAGCUCAGGGUCCGGAUGAGCUCACUAAGCUUUUCCAAGAUGCCCGCCGAUUCAUCAUGUACCACAAAAGGUCAAUCGAAAGCUAUCCUCUCCAGUCAUAUGCAUCUGCGCUACUGUUCAGUCCGACCGGAAGCGUGAUCAGAAGUUUGUUCCGACACGAAGAGCCAAAAGGAAUCACUGUCAAGCCAGCGAUGAGCAGCAGCUGGAGUGCAUGCCUGCAGACGCUCGAAGGCCAUAGCAGUUCUGUCAGGUUUGUAGCUUUCUCGCACGACUCGACUAAGCUGGCGUCAGCGUCAUAUGACAAGACCGUCAGGCUGUGGGAUGUAACUAGUAACGAGUGUCUGCAGACGUUCACAGGCCAUAGCGAUUAUGUCUGCUCUGUGGCCUUCUCGCACGACUCGACUAAGCUGGCGUCAGCGUCAAUGGACAACACUGUCCGGCUGUGGGAUGUAACUGGUAAUGAGUGCCUGCAGAUAUUCACAGGCCAUAGCAGUUGUGUCUACUCUGUAGCCUUCUCGCACGACUCGACUAAGCUGGCGUCAGCGUCGCAGGACAACACCUCACGUCUACUCUGUGGCCUUCUCGCACGACUCGACUAA